UGUUAGUGAGGGUCAGUGGUGGACAGGUUUCAACUUGUGAUCUGAAUGUGGGCACGAGGACCGGAAAUGGGCAGUACCUUUUGGAAAGGGGUCUGACCUGCGCGCGCCGGAGGACCUUUCCUUUUAGCAGCUCGAGCCCACCAAACGGCACCAUGAGCGGGUCCUCUCCUUCGACCUUCACCCUCACGCGCUAGCCGGGGCCGCUUUGGAGCUCAUCCCUCUGGAUGAUGCUCGCGCUCCCCUUCGCCUGCCGCGCGCUGCUCGUCGUCCUGCUGUCGGAGGCGGUUCAGACCGACAGACCUGCGCCUUUCCUGAUCACCGAGAACAUGUGGCCUCGUGGUUGUGCCCUGGACUGCCAGAGGGGGCGCCACAGAGCGGUGUGCGGCAGCAACGGCAGGCUGUAUAAAUCGCUGUGUGCUUUCCAGAGGGCCCGGUGCAUCAACACACAGCUCCGCCUCGCUCCACGGGCGCACUGCUCAGACCCGAGUCAGUCCAAAUGCCAGCUGGCCCGGGCUCAGGCCCUGGAGGCCAGCGCCCAGCACAGCGGCGGCCAUGUCAGCCCGGCAGCGGCCGCCUUUGUGGCAGAGUGCGGUGCGGACGGCCACUUCCUGCCAGUGCAGUGCCACAACCAGACCAGGUACUGCUGGUGCUCCAUGCCCGACGGCAAACCUGUCAGCGGGACCUCGGUCCUCCACCUGAUGCCCGACUGUACCGAACACAUCGCCAAGUUGGCUCGGACCAGCGAUGCAGAUUCGGCUCCAGUUAAAGAUGAAGUUGGUGAACCAGGACUUACGUUGGAGCCCAGGAAGCCUACAGAGCGGACCGCUCCCCACCUCUGGGUGACCAUCCUGAUGAACUCCGACCCCCGGGGGAACCGCUCCAUCAGACGGCCCACUGACACUCCUCAGACGUGCGAACGCGAGCGGGCGUCGCUGCUCUCUCGCAUGAGCUCGUCCUGGCAGGAGGAGCGCUUCGUCCCAGAAUGCACUGCGGACGGCCGCUACAGCCCGGCGCAGUGCCACGCUGCCACGGGUUACUGUUGGUGUGUCCGGGUGGACAGCGGCAGGCCGCUGCCAGGCACAUCCACGAGGAAUCGCAUCCCAGAGUGCACUGGGGCAGAGGAGGCACCAACAGACAGGAGGCCCAGGAAAAACCCUCUGCCUGGGUGUCCCGGAGCUCGUAGGAAGCACUUCCUGCAGAGUCUGGUGAGAGCUCUGCAGCUGGAAGCAGAGCAUGCUGGAAGUCUGAGUCUCCACCAGCCCUCAAACACGCCUCCCUCCGGCUCUGCCUCUCCAUCCUCCAACGCUCCAUCCUCCUCCGCUCCGGAUGACGCUUCCCCCGCCGCUCCGGAGGCUGCGGAGUUCUCCGGGCCGGAGGCGGCGCUGCGGUGGCGCUUCGGCCGGCUGGACGCGGACUCCAGCGGGUCGCUGAGCGAACGCGAGGCCCGACCCCUCCGGCAGUUCCUGCGACGGAGGCUGAAGCCGCGACGGUGCGCCAAGAAGUUCGCCCAGCACUGCGACGGGGACGGAGACCGAGGCCUGACGCUGGAGGAGCUGAGGGUCUGCCUGGGCCUCUGAAGAGAGCGACAGAAGAACUCCCCCGAUGACGAAGUCCGACUCCUUCACUUUCACGGUUCAUUUCAUUCGUCCAUGACAUCAAGGACAUCGUCUCAUUGCAUC